AUGCAAUGGAUAAAGAACCACAGCUCAGACCAAGUCAAACCAUCAAACAACACCCAUACCCUGACUUGUACUUAUCCCAAGGUCAGUCAGCGAAUCGCAAACGUGGUUUUCUGGAAGCUGGGUAUUGGCCCCGGAAAACCCGCACUCGGCGGGUCCCAUCUGCUCCAGUCACUUGCCAAUACCGAUAGUAUCACUCUCGCUGCAGGAUUGAAUAUUGAGUCCGGACUUUUGUCAGGCUGA